ACGAAAUUGUGAUGCUUUGCGUGCCAACGGCCUGACUCGGCGCCCACUCAGGUGAAAAAGUUUUGCAUGCUUUAUGGAGGUGAAUGUGCUUGAGCUGGCUGUGAAAGCUUGUAGAUUCACUCACAUCGUACUCCACAUGCCAUUUAAUCGGCAAUUCAAAGCUCUUCCAAGUCUCGACAGUUCUUCUCUUCCACUCCAGAACAACAUCUUCUCCAUCUUCCAUCGAUUUACAGGAGAAACAUUGACCAAAAUUGUGACGCAGCCCGCACAGACAUCGAAGUUCCUCAUCGCGGGGAUCGCCAAGCCUGGAGAUUUUUCAAUUGCAUACAGCUCUCAAUUCUUUUCCCUUUUUUCUUGUGUCAUCAGUUCAAACUGGCCUCGUCUUGCACAAUGGCUGGCCACACUGGAGAUAAACUCAUCGCCCUUGAGGCAAGAGAAGGCACGGAAAGUGUCCGUCUUGCCGUAGGCACAUCCUUCGGUGCUGAGAAGAGCGUAGCUGGCGAGCUGGUCUUCUCGACUGGCAUGGUCGGCUACGAGGAAUCUAUCACUGAUCCUUCAUACAAAGGCCAAAUCCUGGUCCUCACAUACCCCCUGGUCGGCAACUAUGGUGUGCCCGACAGAAACGAAAUGGACCCUCUCCUCAAGGACCUCCCUGCUCACUUCGAGGCCUCUCAGAUCCACGUCUCUGGUCUGAUCGUUGCCUCUUACUGCGGCGAAGACUACUCACAUUACUUGGCCACCUCUUCAUUGGGCAAAUGGCUGAAGGAGCAAGGCGUGCCCGCCCUCUGCGGCGUCGACACCCGCGCCCUCACCAAGAUCAUCCGCGAGAAGGGAAGCAUGCUCGGCCGUAUGCGCCUGCAGAAGUCUGGCUCUCAAUCCAAUGCCCCCAUCACCAAUGGCAUCACUCUCAGCAACGGCGAGUCCCAAGAGGAGGCUGAUUUCGAGGAGGUUGAAUGGUCCAACCCCAACAACAAGAACUUGGUCGCAGAUGUCUCGAUCAAGGAACCCAAGAUCUACUCGCCAGACCCGUCAAACGCCCUGAAGCACCCCUCGGGCAGACCCAUUCGCAUUGUCUGCGUCGACGUUGGUCUCAAGUACAACCAACUUAGAUGUCUCGUCAAGCGCGGCGUCGAGGUCCAGGUCGUCCCCUGGGACUACGACUUCCCUUCAUUGGCCGGCAAGGAGUAUGAUGGUCUUUUCAUCUCCAACGGUCCCGGUGAUCCGGCAUUGAUGGAGAAGACUGUCAAGAACAUUCAAGCCAACAUUCGCGAGGCUAGAGUGCCCAUUUUCGGUAUUUGUUUGGGACACCAGCUUCUUGCCCGCGCUUCGGGUGCUGAGACGGUCAAGAUGAAGUAUGGUAACAGAGGACACAAUAUUCCCGCUACCAACUUGAUCUCCGGCAAGUGUUAUAUCACAUCGCAAAACCACGGUUACGCCGUCGACUCCCGCACUUUGACCCAGGACUGGUCCGAACUGUUUGUGAACGCAAACGACGGCUCCAACGAGGGGAUCCGCCACAUCAGCAGACCCUACUUCAGUGUCCAAUUCCACCCCGAGAGCGCCCCCGGUCCUCAGGACACAGAGUUCCUCUUCGACGUUUUCCUGGACGCCGUCCAGAAGGUCAUUCAGGACUCCAGCAUGAUGCAUCAGCCUAUUAAGUUCCCCGGCGGUGAUCUUGCCGAGAACCAGAAGGCCAACCCUAGAGUCACUGUCAAGAAGGUUCUCGUUCUUGGUAGUGGUGGUCUCUCGAUCGGUCAGGCCGGUGAGUUCGACUACUCCGGUUCGCAGGCCAUCAAGGCUCUUAAGGAGGAGGGUAUCUACACAAUCUUGAUUAACCCCAACAUCGCUACUAUCCAGACCUCCAAGGGUCUGGCCGACAAAGUCUACUUCCUUCCUGUCAACGCCGACUUUGUUCGCAAGGUCAUCAAGCAGGAGAAGCCCGACGGUAUUUACUGUACCUUCGGUGGUCAGACCGCUCUGUCAGUUGGUAUUCAGCUCAAGGAUGAAUUCGAAGGCCUCGGCGUUAAGGUUCUGGGUACUCAGAUUGAUACUGUCAUCACCACCGAGGACCGUGAGCUCUUUGCCCGCGCCAUGGAGUCAAUUGGCGAGAAGUGCGCCAUGUCCGCCUCUGCCAACAACAUGGAGGAGGCCAUGGCUGCCGGCAAACAAAUUGGUUUCCCUCUGAUCAUCCGUGCUGCCUAUGCUCUUGGUGGUCUCGGCAGUGGUUUUGCUGACAACGAGGAUCAGCUUCGCGAACUCUGUAACAAAGCCUUCGCUGCCAGUCCCCAAGUCCUCAUCGAGCGCAGUAUGAAGGGCUGGAAGGAAAUCGAGUACGAAGUUGUCCGCGAUUGCCAAGACAACUGCAUCACUGUUUGCAACAUGGAGAAUUUCGACCCUCUGGGUAUUCACACUGGUGAUUCCAUUGUCGUCGCUCCUUCGCAGACUCUGUCUGACAAGGACUUCAUGAUGCUUAGACGCACUGCUGUCAACGUCAUUCGUCAUCUUGGUGUCGUUGGUGAGUGCAACAUCCAAUACGCUCUCAACCCCGACUCAAGAGAGUAUUGCAUUAUCGAGGUCAACGCUCGUCUGUCGCGUUCUUCUGCUCUUGCCUCCAAGGCCACUGGUUAUCCUCUGGCUUUCGUUGCUGCCAAGCUUGGUCUUGGUAUCCCCUUGAACGAGAUCAAGAACACCGUUACCAAGGUCACGUGCGCUUGUUUCGAGCCCUCCCUCGACUACGUCGUUGUCAAGAUCCCUCGUUGGGAUUUGAAGAAGUUCACUCGUGUCUCCACCCUGCUCGGCUCUGCUAUGAAGAGUGUUGGUGAAGUCAUGAGCAUCGGUAGAACUUUCGAAGAGGCCAUCCAGAAGGCCAUUCGUGCUGUCGAUGUCAGCAACCUCGGUUUCCAGGAGACCAGCGCUCUUAUGUCCAUCGACCAGGAGCUCCAGACUCCUUCUGACCAGAGAAUGUUUGCCAUUGCCAAUGCCAUGCACUCUGGCUACACCGUUGACAAGAUCUGGGAGCUGACCAAAAUCGACAAGUGGUUCCUGAGCAAGCUCAAGGGCCUCAGCGAGUUCGGCAAGCUGAUGAGCACCAAGAAGGUCAACGACGUUCCCUCGUCGCUCUUCAGACAAGCCAAGGAGCUCGGUUUCUCAGACAAGCAACUGAGUAUCUUCUGGUCCACCAACGAGCAGACUGUCCGCAAGCACAGACUCGAAUACGACAUCAUGCCUGUUGUCAAGCAGAUUGAUACCGUUGCUGGCGAGUUCCCCGCAUACACCAACUACCUCUACACCACCUACAAUGGUGUCGAGAGUGACAUCGACUUUAACGACAACGGUAUCAUGGUCCUCGGCUCCGGUGUAUACCGUAUUGGUUCAUCCGUUGAAUUCGAUUGGUGCUCUGUCCGCACCGUUCGCACCUUGAGGGAAAACGGGUAUAAAACAGUGAUGAUCAACUACAACCCGGAAACCGUGUCCACCGAUUACGACGAAGCCGACCGUCUCUACUUCGAGAACAUCACCCUCGAAACCGUCCUCGAUAUUUACCAGCUCGAGCAAUCCAGCGGUGUCAUCCUCUCCAUGGGUGGUCAAACCCCUAACAACAUCUCUCUGCCCCUCCACCGUCUUAAUGUCAAGAUCCUGGGUACCUCCCCUGAGAUGAUUGACUCUGCCGAAAACAGAUACAAGUUCUCGCGUAUGCUUGACAGAAUUGGUGUCGAUCAACCUCAGUGGAAGGAGUUGACCAGCAUUGACGAGGCCAGAAAGUUCUGUGACGCUGUCACCUACCCCGUUCUUGUCCGUCCUUCAUACGUUCUUUCCGGAGCUGCCAUGAACACUGUUUACUCGGAGCACGACCUUGCAAACUACCUCAACCAGGCUGCUGAGGUUUCCAAGGACCAUCCCGUUGUCAUUACCAAGUACAUUGAGGGUGCCAAGGAGAUUGAGAUGGAUGCCGUUGCCCGCAAUGGUACCAUGAUUGGCCACUUCAUCUCCGAGCACGUCGAGAACGCUGGUGUUCACUCUGGUGACGCCACUUUGAUCCAACCCCCUCAGGACUUGGACGCCGAGACUGUCAGACGUAUUGAGGAGGCCACCAAGAAGAUUGGUGAGGCUCUCAACAUCACCGGCCCUUACAACAUUCAAUUCAUCGCCAAGGACAACGACAUCAAGGUCAUUGAGUGCAACGUCAGAGCUUCAAGAUCUUUCCCCUUCGUUUCCAAGGUUACUGGUGUUGACUUGAUCGAGUUGGCCACCAAGGCCAUGGCUGGUCUUCCCCUCCAGGAGUACCCUCCCACCACCAUGCCCAAGGACUACAUUGGUGUCAAGGUUCCUCAAUUCUCAUUCUCCCGUCUUUCUGGUGCUGACCCCGUCACUGGUGUCGAGAUGGCUUCCACUGGUGAGGUCGCUUGUUUCGGUCGUACCAAGUACGAGGCUUAUAUGAAGGCUCUCGUCGCCACUGGUUUCCGUCUGCCCAAGAAGAACAUCCUCCUGUCCAUCGGUGCCUACAAGGACAAGCAGGAAUUGCUGCCUUCAAUUGAGAAGCUCCACAAGCUCGGCUACAGCUUGUUCGCCACUGCUGGUACCGCUGACUUCCUCGAGGAGCACGGCGUUCCUUGCAAGUUCUUGGAGGCUUUGCAGGAUGAUGAGCAGAGAACCGAGUACUCUCUGACCCACGCCUUGGCCAACAACCUUAUCGACUUGUACAUCAACUUGCCUUCAAGCAACCGCUUCCGUCGCCCUGCCAACUACAUGUCAAAGGGUUACCGCACUCGCAGAAUGGCAGUUGACUACCAGACUCCUCUGGUUACCAACGUCAAGAACGCCAAGAUCUUGAUCGAGGCCAUCGCUCGCGAUUAUGACAUGGCCGUCACCAGUCAGGACUACCAGACCUUCGCUGACCACCCCUCGACCUCUCUUGAGGCGCCUGCUGCCAAGAAGACCCCUACCCUUCAGGAACUCCUUCACAACUCUCCUCUCAAGGGCAGAGACAUCACCUCAGUCAACCAGUUCACAAGAAAGGAAUUGCACCUUCUCAUGACUGUUGCUUCGGAGAUGCGUCUUGGUGUUGAGCGCGAUGGUGUUCUUGACAUUCUCAAGAACAAGCUUCUCUGCUUGAUGUUCUACGAGCCUUCCACUCGCACUUCAUCCUCCUUCGAUGCUGCCAUGAAGCGUCUUGGUGGUCAGUGCAUCAUGAUUAACGAAUCUCACUCCAGCACCAAGAAGGGUGAGACCUUGUCAGACACCAUCCGUACCCUUGACCAAUACGGUGACGCCAUCGUCCUCCGCCAUCCCAGCGAUGACAGUGCCGACGUUGCCGCCGAAGCUGCUGACCACCCCAUCAUCAACGCUGGCAACGGCUCGCGCGAGCACCCUACCCAGGCCUUCCUUGAUCUCUUCACCAUCCGUGAGGAGCUUGGUACCGCCAACGGUCUUACCAUCACCUUCGUUGGUGACCUCAAGUACGGUCGUACCGUGCACUCUCUGUGCGAGCUACUCAAGCACUACGACUGCACCAUCAAUCUUGUCGCCCCCAAGCAGAUCGAUCUGCCCGAGAAGGUCCGCAGCGCCCUCCAAGGCCGCGGUCAACUCGGCGUCGAGUCCCACGAGCUUACUCCCGAGAUCGUCGCCGCAUCCGACGUCAUCUACUGCACUCGUGUGCAGAAGGAGCGCUUCGAUGACCUGAGCUUGUACGAGCAGGUCAAGGACGGUCUUGUUGUUAGCCCCGCUACCCUCAAGCACGCCAAGCAGAACAUGAUUGUCAUGCACCCUCUGCCUCGCAACUUGGAACUCAGCCCCGAGGUUGACAACGACCCCAGGGCUGCUUACUUCAGACAGAUGAAGUAUGGCAUGUUCGUCCGCAUGGCCCUCUUGGCCUUGGUCAUGGCAUCAUAAAAAGGAACUCGGAUCAAAACGUAAAAAUUGGGUCAUGGCGUUUUCUUUUAUUGCCUUGUAGAUUAUACCGAAGCGACGAUUGGAGGAUUUCUCUUUUUUUGUAUACAAUCAACUAUACCUCUUCAUACUUGAGGUUCGACUCUGGGGAUUGUGAUACCGCUUGCGUUCAUCUUAAUUGUUCGCCAACGUCCG